GCGCUCUCACUCUCUCUCUCUCUCCAUAUACAGAGCGCAUAAAACAGGAAAUAUGGCUUUGGCAGCGCGCGCCCUGUUUCGGAGUUUCCUCACCAGGAAUGUCGGAUUAAACCCACGAAAUAUGAAAGAAGUUGCACUGAGUCGAAACGCGGUGACAUCAACGUCGGGAGCCAUACUCCCAAAACCAGAUAAAACUCCGUUUGGUGUCGUGCGCAUGACAGUGGUGGUGGUCCCGUUCCUCUACAUAGGCACGCUCAUCAGCAAGCAGUUUGCAGCUCUUCUGGAAGAGCAUGAUAUCUUCGUUCCUGAUGAUGAUGAUGACUGAGUAACGUCAGGCUGGGUCGUGCUGUACGACUGGGGAACCAAACCGUUGCUCACACUGAAGAUAACUCUAAGCGGGAUCAAUGCAAUAACGUUUACAUUCACACCUUGCUUUCAGUGCCUGACUCUAAAGUUUGAUUUUGAUUAUUUACCUUUUAAAGCUAAUGUUUAAUCACCUCAUGUAUUUUUGCAUGUACAGAUUUGUUUCAGUGGAAUAAAACACUUGAUUCUGA